AUGGCCGACUACCUGCUCUUCGAAGCCCCAAUGGGCUACUCGCUGUUCAAGGUCACCCACCAGGCUGACACUGUCGGAAACCGCCUGAAGGAGGUCCAGGAAGGCGUCGCGGAUCUUUCGAAAUUCGGAAAAAUGGUUGAUCUCGUCAGCUUCUUGCCAUUCGAGAACAACAAGCAGGCCCUCAGCGAAAUCAAUGAUAUUUCAGAGGGAGUUGCAUCCGAAACUCUCAUCUCUUUCCUCGAACUCAACCUACCAAAGGCAGGCAAGAAGAAGAAGGUUAGCCUGGGCGUGUAUGACAAGGUUUUGGCAACGAGCAUCAAGGGUGCCUUCCCAUCCGUUGAGUGCGAGACUGGAGACACCAGCGAAGUAGUGCAAGACAUGCUCCGAGGAGUCCGACUGCAUGCGACAAAGCUUUUGAAACAGCUCCGCGAAGGUGACUUGGACACUGCCCAAUUGGGUCUGGGUCACGCCUACUCUCGCGCCAAAGUCAAGUUUUCCGUUCAGCGAGAUGACAACCAUAUCAUCCAGGCUAUUGCCAUUCUUGAUCAGUUGGACAAGGCCAUCAACACGUUUUCCAUGAGAGUGCGAGAAUGGUACUCAUGGCACUUCCCCGAGCUUAUCAAGAUCGUCUCGGAGAACCAUCGCUACGCACAGGUAGCACUUUUUGUCCAGGACAAGAAGUCGUUGACAGACGAACGUCUGCAUGAUCUUGCUGCUCUAGUGGAAGAUGAUGAGGGUGUUGCUCGGAGUAUCAUCGAGGCUGCCAAACAUAGUAUGGGCCAAGAGAUCUCUGAGAGUGACAUGGAAAAUGUCAUUGCCUUUGCCCAGCGCGUUGUUAGCCUGGCCAACUACCGCAAGUCCCUGCACUCUUACUUGGUCUCUAAGAUGAGCGUCGUGGCUCCUAACUUGGCUACUCUUAUUGGCGAAAUUGUUGGCGCUCGGCUUAUUUCCCACGCCGGAAGCUUGACCAAUCUCUCCAAGUACCCUGCCUCUACUGUUCAGAUCCUUGGUGCCGAGAAAGCGCUGUUCAGGGCCCUGAAGACGAAGGGAAACACCCCCAAAUACGGAUUGCUUUACCACUCCUCUUUCAUUGGAAGAGCUGGGCCGAAGAACAAGGGCAGAAUCUCUCGAUUCCUUGCCAACAAGUGCUCGAUUGCCUCCAGAAUUGAUAACUUCUCCGAGGAGCCCUCGACGAAAUUCGGAGAAGCUCUUAAGAAGCAAGUUGAGGAACGUUUGGAGUUCUACGCAUCCGGCGCGCCACCCACCAAGAACGAAGUUGCUAUGAAAUCUGCAAUGGACUCUAUCCUGGCCGAUAUGGAUGUCGAUGCCGGUGGAGAUAGCGAUGUUGAAAUGGAAGAUGAAGAGAAAGCUGAGAAGAAGAAGGAGAAGAAGGAAAAGAAAGAGAAGAAGGAGAAAAAAGAGAAGAAGGAGAAGAAAGAGAAGAAAGAGACCAAGGACAACGAAGACAAGAAAGAAAAGAAGAAGAGGAAGCGCGACAGCGAAGUGGGCGCAUCGACGAAGAAGUCUAAGGCUUAG